AUGGAUGAACAUUUGAUUGCAACCAUCAAUAAACUUCAAGAUGCUUUAGCGCCUUUAGGUGGGGGGUCCCAAUCACCAGUUGAUUUGCCGCAGAUUACUGUUGUAGGAUCUCAAUCUUCAGGCAAGUCAUCAGUGUUGGAGAAUAUUGUUGGUAGGGACUUUCUUCCUAGAGGAUCGGGAAUUGUUACCAGGAGACCCCUAGUGCUACAGUUGAUUAAUAGGAGAGUUAAGAAGGAUACGAAGAAUGCACAUGAGGAGUUAUUGGAUCUGAACGUCGGUUUUGAUCAAAAAGCAGGCCAGAGCGAGGACAAUGUUGAAGAAUGGGGGGAGUUUUUACAUUUACCUGGCAAGAAGUUUUAUAAUUUUGAUCAGCUUCGCCAGGAGAUUGUAAAUGAGACUGAAAAGGUGACUGGUAAGAAUGCAGGGAUUUCUCCUGUUCCCAUUAACUUGAGGAUAUACUCGCCCCAUGUGUUGACUUUAACUUUAGUUGAUUUACCGGGAUUAACAAAGGUCCCCGUUGGGGACCAACCUGCUGACAUUGAAUCGCAGAUUAAGAAUAUGAUUAUGCAGUAUAUCUCGAGGCCAAAUGCUAUUAUUCUCGCUGUCAAUGCAGCAAAUGCAGAUUUGGCGAAUAGUGAUGGUUUGAAGCUAGCUAGGGAAGUAGACCCCGAGGGCACAAAAACUAUUGGUGUAUUGACUAAAAUUGAUUUGAUGGAUGAUGGAACUGAUGUUGUAGAUAUAUUGUCAGGGAGAAUUAUUCCUUUGAGAUAUGGUUAUGUGCCGGUCAUUAAUAGGGGACAGAAAGAUAUUGAAUCUAACAAGACUAUCAGGGAUGCUUUAAGAGAUGAAAAGAAAUUCUUUGAAAGCCAUUCUUCUUACAGUUCAAAUGCCAGUUACUGUGGUACUCCAUACUUAGCAAAGAAGUUAAACUCUAUCUUGUUACACCAUAUCAGACAGACAUUGCCUGAAAUUAAGAACAAAAUAGAGUUGUCAUUAAAGAAGUAUCAAGCGGAACUACUAAAUCUUGGCCCAGAAACUCUGGACUCGCCAAACUCUAUUGUUUUAUCAAUGAUUACGGACUUCUCAAAGGAGUACACAGGGAUAUUGGAUGGUGAGGCGAAGGAGCUGUCAAGUCAAGAAUUGUCUGGUGGUGCAAGAAUAUCUUUUGUCUUCCAUGAAAUUUUCAAAAGCGGAGUGUAUGCAUUGGACCCGUUUGAUCAAAUCAAGGAUUCAGAUAUUAGAACAAUUAUGUACAACAGUUCUGGUGCUGCUCCGUCUCUUUUCGUUGGUACCGAAGCAUUUGAAGUCCUAGUGAAACAGCAAAUUCAAAGAUUUGAAGAUCCUUCCUUGCGUCUUGUCGGCCUAAUUUUUGACGAAUUAGUUCGCAUUUUGAGAGAGAUUAUUUCGCAAACAAAGUAUGCGAGAUAUCCAGGCCUAAGAGAGGCAAUUUCAAACUACUUUAUUCAAUAUUUGAAGGAACGUGUGAUUCCAGCUAAUGAAUUCGUUGUAGACAUCAUAAAGGCAGAGCAAACUUACAUCAAUACCGCACACCCCGAUUUGUUAAAGGGCUCCCAAGCUAUGUCUAUGGUGGAAGAGAAAUUGCAUCCAAAGCAGCUUGACCCUAAAACUGGUAAACAGCUUCCUCAGCCCAUCCCAACAGGCGGUGAAAAAGGAUCAAACGGUAUCUUUGGAGGAUUCUUCUCUUCAAAGAAUAAGAAGAAAUUAACAGCCUUGGAAUCGCCGCCUUCUGUUUUGAAAGCUACGGGUCAAAUGACUGAAAGGGAAACUUUAGAAACAGAGGUUAUCAAGUUGUUAAUUGAUAGUUAUUUUAGCAUUGUGAAGAGAACUGUUGCAGACUUGAUUCCAAAGGCUGUCAUGCUCAAACUAAUUGUCAAGAGUAAAAAUGAUAUUCAAAAGAUCCUAUUGGAAAAGUUAUAUGGGAACCAAGACAUUGAUGAUCUAACCAAAGAAAAUGAUAUCACAAUCCAGAGAAGAAAAGAAUGCCACAACAUGGUAAAAAUAUUAAAACACGCUAGUGAAAUCGUUUCAUCUGUUUAG